GUCCACUAUGCAACAUCCUCCCCGCCCCAACAUACACACCACCGAAUCGCAGUAAGCCAGAAUUUCUCGCCCAUCUGCCUUGCCAAACUCGCCCGCCAUCCUGGAUAGCAGCGUGCUCCGUUAUCACUGGCGCGAACACCAUGUGAACGGGAUGUUCAUCGAUCGCCAUGAUGGUAUUCUCCAGCCUGCUUAAGACGGGGAACGACCAGCAACGACACCGCCGUUUGAGCUCCUCUGGAUCGCCAGGGGGUGAUGCAUCGCCGAGCCCUUCGCAGAAAUCCUCGGUUGCUACCGUGGAAGACACGCCGUAUAUUGCGAGCGAGGCUCAGCUGGAGGAUGUCGAGUCCGAACCGCCUGAGCUGACGGACUUAAAUAACAGCCUUGCUGCCUUGGCUGCCAUAUUCCCUGAUGUUCAGGUCGAAGUCUUUCGAGAGAUGCUGAGCAGCUUUGAUGAGGAGUCGAGACUGGCAGUGGUUACAGAGGCGUUGAUCAAGAAUAAGAUGAAGUGGUCCAGGGGACGAUACAAAGUGCUGGGGAAGGAAACGGCCCAGAAACCGUCUGAGGAUACUGUUGAAGUGCUGCCGAAAGAAGAGAGGUUUAGAACAGAUGCAUAUAAACUAGCAGUCAAGAAUGCUGCGUACAACGAGUUUAAAGGGCUAUCUCACUCCGCCGUCAAGGCUGUCCUGGCAGAACACAACCAUUCCUUCAUUCGUGCUCGGCCAACGCUCGCAGCUCUCCAUGCAAAGUCGUGGAGAUUCUCUAUUACGGCAAUAUUCAGCCGGAAGAAGGCGAACCCCGAGCAGAACCAGUUUGUUGUGUGGCACUCGACGGGUCUCGGCUCGAUUAUCCCAACUUUGAAAUAUUCUGGAUGCGUGGAGUUGGACAGGGAGUUGUUUGAAUCAUUCAUCAAACCCCUACAAAUACGGAGCCAAGCCGAACAGAUAGAGAAAGACCAUACGCUUGCGCUAGAAGUCAACACUGAACAGGCUGAGGAGGCCGAAGCAUUGCAUGAUUGCGAGUGCUGCUACACCUCGUCAACAUUCGAGGAGCUUUCCGCUUGCAAUGACGCUGCGCACUUUGUGUGCUUUCAGUGCAUAAGACAUGCCGCCAAGGAAGCUGUGUUUGGACAGGGCUGGGCACGCAAUGUGGCCUCUGAACUCGGGUCCCUCCGAUGUCUGGCGCCUGUAACGGACGAGUGUCAUGGCUGUAUUCCGCAAGAACUUGUUAAUAGAGCGUUGCUGGGGGAGAAAGGGGGUGUAGAUGUCAUCCGUAAAUUCAACGAACGACUGGCAGAGGACACCCUCCUUAAAUCUCAGUUGCCUUUGGUUCGAUGUCCAUUCUGCAGCUACGCCGAAAUAGACGAUUUAUAUCUGCCCGAGACCCAGAAGGCUUGGAAUUUCAGACAGCACAGCAGUCUCUUGCUUUUCAGUUUUGCGCUCCUCUUCCCCUUUAUCGGGAUGAUACCCUUCUUAAUACCCUUGAUUUUACUCGCCCUUCUCAUUUCCUUGGCAAGCUUCAACAGCAAGGUCCAUAACUUUUCACGGCGUCACCUCAUGGCAUCCUACACACGCCUGCGCCGACACCAACGCGGCCUACGCUUCCAAUGCCAAAACGACGCCUGCCUCCGCUACUCCUGCAUCUCCUGCUCCAAAGACUGGUCCGAUAUCCACAUCUGCCACGAGUCCUCCCUCCUCGCACUACGCACGCAAGUCGAGCUCGCGAUGUCCCUAGCCAUCAAGCGCACCUGCCCGCGCUGCAACACCAGCUUCGUCAAGUCCUCGGGCUGCAACAAGCUGACCUGCGUGUGCGGCUACCAGAUGUGCUAUGUCUGCCGCAAGGACAUUGGGAAUGGGGAGGGCUACCGCCACUUCUGCGCGCACUUCCGCCCGAAUGGCGGGAAGGUGUGCACGGAGUGCGAGAAGUGCGAUUUGUACCGCUGCGAGAAUGAUGAGGUGGUGGUGACGAAGGCGAAGGAGGAUGCGGAGAGACUGUGGUUUGAGAAGGAGGGCGGGGGGGAUGAGGAUCUCAAGAAGACGCUGGUGCAGAAGUAUGACCCGGCGAGGGAGUGGUGGGUGGGCCGCGUGUGGCGGUCGAGACCCAGUGUGGAGGGUGUGUUGGAUGCGUUGGUGGAAUUUGUUAUUGAAUGAUGAUUGGGAUGUCUGGAUUGGGGGUAUGGAUGGGAUUUGGCGUUUUGUUUUGUUCAUGCAUGCGAUAUGCGGAUGGGAAGGGGAGGGGUACUGGUUUAAGGUGUUUUGUCGGGGGCUAGAAGCCAUGACAGACAGGUGUCUUUACUGAAAGCUACGAGGCGUUCUUUUAUAUGGGACGGAUAAUAACGAUUUUUUAUACAGUUCUUGGGGUUUGGGGAAGUGGACUAUUGGCUGCAGCCCUGUGAUAGAACGCCUUUACUCGCAUUAUUGUUGCUAUGAACAACACUACUAUCUACAGUUCCUGAUAUUUUCCACAAUCCCCCCUCAGAUUUCUAGGCAGCGCAAGUCUGCUCCUGCCACUUCAAAAAGGCUAUCCGCUACAUAUUAGAACCAAAAAGAGAAAGCUUCACCAACACUGUCCUCCUUCACGGCCAAAAGAUCAAAAAGAAACAAAAAAUAUUGAACAGAGUGGGACUCGAACCCACGCCACUUUCGUGACCAGGAAACUAUAUGAUAAAUCACAUGUAUUAAGGUAUAACCUUAACCUGGCGCCAUAACCAUCUCGGCCAUCUGUCCCGGAUUUGUUGAAGCGGAGGGGCUUGUUGGGCGUUUUGUCAAAGAAAAAAUUGUAGGUGGGUUCUUCAACGGUCCACCCCACGUGAAGUGGGGAUGGUCCCUGAGUAGCCGCCCCUCAAUGGUAGAGGGGUUACACAUGACGGUAUGGAUGCGGUGGAAUUUUUAUAAAUUGGGGG